AUGGCCGACCAAGCCGCCAACACAAGCGCGAAGAGAAAUGCAGAAGAAACUCAGACAUUGCGCUCAAAGCUAGUUGAUCAGCAUAUCAGCAUGCUAAACUAUCCAGAUCCCUUGAAGCCUCGAGCACCGCUUCAGGUUUACCCCCAAGGCAUUACUCCAGAGAUGGAGGCGAGGUGGCUUCAGAUGUUGAAACAGAACAGUGUAUGA